AUAUAUAUAUAAGAUUCCUGAGCAAAAUCAUUUCAAGGUAGAGACACAAAGAUAUCACAGACAUGCAUGUUAUGAUGAGGAACUGUGUCAACCUCAAAAUAUGGCUUCUUAACUUGGUUACCUUGUUUAGUAUACUUUCCUUGUCCCACGGAAGACUAAAACAUGAUGGGUUUCGAGUGAGAGCAGUUAAUCUAGGUGGUUGGCUCGUUACUGAGGGUUGGAUGAAACCUUCUCUUUUCGAUGGCAUUCCAAAUAAAGACUUCUUGGAUGGAACUGGACUUCAGUUCAAGUCGGUGACAACACGAAAAUAUCUCUGUGCGGAGUCUGGAGGAGGAACCAUCAUAGUUGCAAAUCGCACAGCUGCUUCGGGUUGGGAAACAUUUUCAUUGUGGAGGCUGAACAAGGACACUUUCAGAUUCAGGGUGUUCAACAAACAGUUCGUGGGGUUAGAUGGGAUUAACGUUGUUGCUGUGUCUAACAUUUCCACUGAUUCUUUGACGUUUCAUGUUGUGAAGGAAAGUGGUAAUUCCAGCCGUGUUCGAAUCAAAGCUUCCAAUGGAUACUUCUUGCAGGCGAAGACAGAGGAUCUGGUGACUGCUGAUGUUUCAGAGGUCAAAGGAUGGGGAGAUGAUGAUCCAUCUGUUUUUGUAAUGACAAUUGGUGGAAGGAUGCAAGGGGAAUUUCAAGUAACAAAUGGAUAUGGACCCUCAAAAGCUCCCCAAGUUAUGAAGGAACAUUGGAGCACUUUUAUUGUUGAAGAUGAUUUCAAGUUCAUAGCUAGUAAUGGACUGAAUGCUGUUAGAAUUCCAAUUGGCUGGUGGAUAGCAAGUGAUCCUACUCCUCCCCCACCAUAUGUUGGGGGUUCCUUGAAUGCACUAGACAAAGCUUUUUUGUGGGCACAGAAAUAUGGAUUGAAAAUCAUCCUUGAUCUUCAUGCUGCACCUGGUUCCCAAAAUGGUUUUGAACACAGUUCUUCAAGAGAUGGUUCACAAGAAUGGGGAAAAACAGAUGAAAACAUUCAACAAACAGUUCAAGUUAUAGAUUUCCUGACCGCAAGGUAUGCAAAAAGUCCAAGCCUUUAUGCAGUUGAGCUAAUAAAUGAGCCUCUCUCACCUGGUGUGACACUAGAGAGCUUGAGCAAGUACUAUAAGGCUGGUUAUGAAGCAGUGCGCAGGCACUCUUCCACAGCCUAUGUGGUGUUAUCAAAUAGGCUAGGACCCUCAAAUCCUAGGGAACUCUUCCCUCUUGCAAAUGGCUUUACGAGAUCUGUGAUUGAUGUUCACUACUACAACCUCUUUCAAGAUGUUUUUAAUGACAUGAAUGUCCAACAGAACAUUGAUUUCAUCAACAACAACCGCUCAUCACAGUUGAGUUUUGUUACAACCUCAAAUGGCCCUCUUACUUUUGUUGGCGAAUGGGUUGCUGAAUGGCAAGUAAAAGGAGCUACAAAAGAAGAUUAUCAAAGAUUCGCUAGGGCCCAACUAGACGUUUUUGGACGAGCAACAUUUGGGUGGGCUUAUUGGGCUUUCAAAAACGUCAACAAUCAUUGGAGUUUGGAGUGGAUGAUCAAAAAUGGUUAUAUCAAUCUGUAGAAAAUUUCCUAUGGAGGACAACAUUUCCUAUCAUUCCCACCCACCCAAAUUGUCCCUCCAUAAAAAUUAUAAAAUUAUGAUUAUACUUGUGUUAAGUUUUAGAUCCUUCUUACAUUUCACCCCACAAGAGAUGGGCGAAAAGUUGAUCAUUUUCUUAGAAGAUAUAUAUAACGUAACGGAAAGUUUGCAUCA